AUAAACUUUAUCAACUUAUAAGUUUUGUUGACUGACGACAACCGGUGCGGAGGCCGGUGAAAGCGAGCAAGUGGUUUUAUUUUACUUUGCGGCUAACACAUACUUUGAAGUUUGAAAUAGUUUUGACUAUUUUAUUGAAUUAAAAAUUGUAACUUGUUCGAUUGAUUACGAGAAAAAUGAGUGAUAUUGUAACAGUAAAAGCACCUGUUAACAUAGCUGUUAUAAAAUAUUGGGGCAAACGAGACGAGGAUUUAAUUUUACCGUUAAAUGAUUCCGUUAGUGCUACUUUGGAUACAAGUAUUAUGUGCGCGAAAACAUCGGUAUGUGCAAGACCAGAAUUUAAAGAAAAUGAAAUAUGGUUGAAUGGAAAAAAGGAAUCGUUUCAGAGUCCACGACUACAAAAUUGUCUCAAGGAAAUAAAAUCCAGGGCUGCGACAGAAAAUAGUGUAAAUGAAGAUUUUCUACAGUGGAAAGUACGUGUGUGUUCGGAAAAUAAUUUCCCUACUGCUGCAGGAUUAGCGUCUUCCGCAGCUGGAUAUGCAUGCCUUGUCACAGCUCUGGCUAAACUUUACAAGGUCAAGUCUGAUGUUAGUUCUAUUGCCAGAUUGGGAUCCGGCAGCGCCUGCCGCAGUGUAUAUGGAGGCUUCGUCAGAUGGCAUGCAGGCACUAGUCCAGAUGGUUCGGAUUCAGUAGCUUCUCAAAUCGAAGGCUCUGCACACUGGCCUGAAAUGCAAGCUUUAAUCCUAGUUGUAGGUGAUACAAAAAAGAAAACAAGCUCCACUACUGGUAUGAAAAUAUCUACGCAAACUUCUGAGCUAUUAAAACAUAGAAUUAAGUAUUGUGUGCCACAGAGGACUGAUGAGAUUAUUCAGGCAAUCAAGCAGAAGGAUUUUCCAAAAUUUGCUGAAAUAACUAUGAAGGACAGCAAUCAGUUCCAUGCAGUGUGCUUAGACUCCUAUCCACCCUUUGUGUACAUGACAGAUGUAUCCCACCUAAUUGUUGAUUUAAUACAUAAGUACAAUGAGCUCUCUGGAAGCACAAAAGUUGCUUACACCUUUGAUGCUGGACCAAAUGCUUGUCUGUACCUCCUUGAGGAAGAGGUACCACAAGUGUUAUCUUUGAUAAGACAUGUCUUCCCUUCCUCUAACCCAGAUCAAUUUGUUACUGGGUUAAAAACAAAUGAAGUUGCAUUAAAUCCAGAACUAAAGAAUAUUUGUGAACCUCAAGCAAAAGAUUUGAUUAAGUAUGUGAUUCAUACUAAAGUUGGAGAAGGGCCUACAGAAAUUACAGAUGGAUCACAUCUGUUGAAUGAUGCUGGGUUACCAAAGAUUGAAUAAUAAUUGUUGAGAUAUAGUUAGUCUCAGAAAUAGACUGCACACAAUAUUAUCAUUAGAUCAAGAAGGCAUAAUUUACACAUGAAUGAAUAUCCUGUUUGCUUUUUCAUGAAGUGACAUCUAUUAUGUGAAUGUUGGGUUUGGUAAUGGUGUUUGUAUCAUCUAUUAUAAUAAUAUUCUAGUUGAUAAGCAGUGUUGGUGUGGCUUGGUAGAUUGUCUAUGAAAUAUUUAUCAAUGUUUUACCUAUUGGUAAUUUUGUAUGUAAUAAAUGUACCUAUGCUAAUCAGGGUAUUGUAGGUACUGACAGAUUUAUGCUAUUAUAUCUCAAAUAAUUUAUGUAAUACUUAUGUUGAAAGAAGAAAAAUAUUUCUGUAUAA